GUUUAGUCUAUGGAUUAUAAUCCAAAUUUCAUGACUCUUCUAUUUUAAAUUUUUUCUCUCCCAUCUCGAUUCUCAGACCUCGGUAUUCAAUCGCUGUCGUCCGAAGUCUUGGUCUCGUAAAAAUCAGAAUAUGUAAUCACUUGUCUUUUUCGUCAAGCUAUAGCUAGCUUACAAAACAUCUCGAGUUUAUAUAAUAAUAAACUAUUUUUUUCCUAUACUCAACUAGAAAUAAAUAUGCCCAACAAAAAUCAACUACAACUACACACCAAAGUGGUGCAACACACUAACGGUCGUAAACCAUCAAUUAUACCAGUGCCAGUUCGUAAAAAUGUUAGUAAUUCAAAAGUCAAAUUGAGUCCAACCUCAAAAAUGUCACAAGGUUCUUCACAAACAAUGGAUCGAGAAAUAAAAAAAAUUGAUUCAGUGUAUAAUCAGAAAGAACAAUCAUUAAUUCCAUUACAUUUAAAGAUUUCAAAAGAAUUAACUAUAACUCAUGUCAAUGAUACAAAAAAUAAUAUAAUAUCAAAGUUAAAAAAAUUACCUGAAAUUACUGUUGAUUUAAUUAAACCUGAGCCAGUUUUUAAAGUCCCUGAAUCUCCAAAACCUAAAACAAAAAAUAUUAAAAAAUAUACCAUACCAUCUAAUGUAUUAAAAGAUAAAGGAGCUACUCAUAAUAUUAAACUUAACUCAAACACGAAUUUAAAUUCUAGUGCAGUUCUAAAACAAAAACAAAUAUUAAAUAAAACGUCAUUGAUAACAAAGAGUUCAGAUAAUAAAGGAAUUUCAAAAAAACCAGAAACUUCUAUUAAAAUACAUUCAGUCUUGGGAAAAGAAAAUUUACAAAGAACUAGUUCUCCCAAAAUGCUUUCAAAAAUUAUACAGAGUUCUCCAAUGAUUAAAUCAAAAAGUUUAAAAACUAACAAACCGGUAGAAGUAAUUUCAAACAAUUGUAAAAUUGUCACUGAAGAAGAGAAACCAGUAGAAAAAGUAUCAAAUAACCCAGUUAAUACUUUAUCUAAAGAAGUAAAAAAAAAAUCCGAUAAGAAUACAUUUAUAAAUAACACAGAACUUAAGACUAACAAAUUGGCUAAUGAAAAUUAUAUGCUGAUGGAUUUAUCAACUGAUGGUGAAUUGAACAUCGUUCCAGCAUCUUUUAUUUUAGAUUUUAAUAAUGUUAAUGAUCCUGAAUAUAGACAAUUUUUAAUGGGGAUUAAUAAAUCACAUUUAGACAGUAAUAUGGAUAUGGAAAGUUCUCAAAAUGUUACUAAAAAAGAAUUAUCAAUAAUUAUUGAAGAGUCGGACACGUUUUCGGAUUUUAUAAAAUGCAUCAACACUUCAUUAAAUAUUAAUGAAUCCAAUGAUAUAGAUUCAGAGUUAGAAUCUCUAUCUUCUAACAAUAAAAAUUCUUCACUGGGUAUUACAUUUGAACAAUUACAUAAAAGCAAAGAAAAUAUAAUGAAAAAUAUCGAAGAUAAACAAAACUUUUAUUUUGAUAAUCAUACUUCAAAACAACCAUUACUUCAACAUAAUGAUAUGAAUCGAUCAAUGGACAUGUUAAUUAAACAAGAAGACAAUCAACUGUUUCGAAAAAUGACAAGCUAUUAUUGUGGUGAUAAUUUGAUAGAAAAUAUACCUGAAAAUGAAAAAAAAUUAAUAGCAUUUAAUACAUCUAAACAACCAAAUAGUAUAAACGAUUCAACAUAUCUUAAGUCCGAUGAAAAUAGUAAUAAAAGAAAACAAUUUCAAAACCAAAAUGAGUUAUAUAAAAAACAAAGGAUGGAGGUUUUAGAAGAAUUUUAGUAAACAGCAUAUUUUAAAAAAUUGUAAUUUAAAUAAUAACUAGUAUUUUUAGUUCUAUACUUUAUGUGUAUAUAUUUAUAUAAAAAUGUUAAUUGUAUUUAAAAACUACAUUUAAAUCAAUUUUUUAUUUAAACUCUACUUAUUUAAAUGUUUUUAU